CAAGUUUUCAAACUCUCACUCUACUGCUUCUCACUUUCUUGGCCAACCAAAUUCCCAAAUACAUCAUCCAUAACUCCCAAGAUAGAAAUCAAACCUUAGCCCAUCUCAAAUGAGCCUUCCCACACUAUACUCCAGCUUCCCCACUUCUCAGAGAUGCAUUCAGCAACCAUAAUCAUCACCCCCAUCUCAGAUUAUCCUCCAAGAACUCACCUUUUCCCCCAAAAAAUUCAAAAUUCCCCGCCACAGUUUAUCGCUGCAGCUCACCCCUCAAGAAAAAUGGCGUUUCUCGGUGGAUUAGCCUCCAAAAUCAGCGCGGUUGGUGAUCACAGCGGCGCCGGAUCUCAGACUCUGGUGGAGUAUAUGGGGAAAGGCGGCGCAAACGUCGGCGAUGAGCUGGUGGUGCUGUUCACUCAUUUGGAGUAUGCUUGCAAGAAGAUUGCUGCUCUUGUGGCUUCGCCUCUCAGCUCGAAUCUCGGCAAAAGCUCCGGCGCAGGAGCUGGCAGUGCUGAGAGGGAUAAGCCGAAGCCGCUCGACAUCGUGGCGAAUGAGAUUGUGUUGUCGUCUUUGAAGAAUUCGGGAAAGGUUGCAGUGAUGGCCUCAGAGGAAGAUGAUGCUCCUGUUUGGCUUGCUGAUGAUGGUCCGUUUGUUGUUGUGUUGGAUCCUCUUGAUGGUUCCCGGAACAUUGAUGCAUCUAUUCCUACUGGAACGAUAUUUGGGAUUUAUAAGAAACUGGAGGAACUCGAUCAUCUGCCAAUAGAAGAGAAGGCGUUGUUGAAUUCUCUCCAGAGUGGAACUAAGCUUAUUGCUUCUGGCUAUGUGCUUUACUCGUCAGCUACGCUUCUGUGUGCCAGCUUCGGCUCAGGAACGCAUGGCUUCACCUUGGAUCACUCGACGGGAGACUUCAUCCUGACCCACCUAGACAUUAAAAUUCCUCCUCGAGGGCAAAUAUACUCGGUAAAUGAUGCUCGAUAUUUUGACUGGCCGGAAGGUUUAAGGCGGUAUAUAGAUACUGUAAGACAAGGCAAGGGCAAACAUCCUAAAAAAUAUUCAGCGAGAUAUAUAUGUUCUCUUGUUGCUGAUUUUCACGGGACACUCUUAUAUGGUGGUAUUGCGAUGAACCCGAGGGAUCACCUUCGGCUUGUAUACGAAGCUAAUCCACUCAGUUUCCUAGCCGAGCAAGCAGGAGGUAAAGGAUCUGAUGGUAAAGUUAGAAUACUGUCUCUCCAGCCUGUGAAGUUACACCAGAGACUUCCUCUGUUUCUCGGAAGCCCGGAUGAUAUAGAUGAGCUGGAGAGUUAUGGAGAUGUGCAACAAAAAGUAAACCCCGGAUAUGAUGUAUAGAAAAUGUACUUUUGUCUCGUCUGUUGAGUCUUUUCGUUUACUUGGUUCACCACAUCAUUUCAACCUUAUAUUGUGUAUAAAACCCACGUUUCUUCUCCGUGCUAAUGGAUUUUCUGAAA